AUGGUUGCCUCUCUUGAGAAUUAUGCGCUUCGGCAACGGCGAUUCGCACCUCUCAAUCCAGCCCUCUCGCAUUCCUCUCAGGCACCGCGGCUGAAGGGAAUCGUGUUUGAUGUGGACGGAACAUUAUGCCUCCCCCAGAAUUACAUGUUUGCCGAAAUGCGAGCUGCAUUGGGAAUCGACAAGAAAGUCGAUAUCCUGCAUCAUAUCCGGCAGCUUCCUACGCAUGAGGAACGCACCGCCGCAGCCGAGAAGGUCAAAGCCGUCGAGCGCGAGGCCAUGAAGCACCAGCAGCCUCAGCCGGGUCUCGUGGACCUCAUGGACUACCUCCAGUCCCGUGGCUUGUACAGAGCGCUCUGUACGCGCAACUUCGAGGCUCCCGUAAUGCAUCUCCUCCAGAACCAUCUUCCAGCCCAUGUCUUCCUGCCCAUCAUCACGCGGGAAACACCCGGUCUGCUUCCCAAGCCUGACCCCGCAGGCAUCCUGCAUAUUGCGCGGGAAUGGGGGCUCGACAACCGUGCCGAAAAUAUGAUUAUGGUCGGCGACAGCCUUGAUGACAUGACGGCCGGUCAUACCGCAGGCGCCGCGACUGUGUUACUUCUCAAUGAGCACAAUAUGCAUCUCAAAGACCAUGCUCAUACGGACCUCUGCAUCGACCGACUAGAUGACUUGAUUGACAUUCUAGAGAACGGUUUCGUUGGUCACCAGGGCAGUGAUAAACCCCCAACCACUGAAGAGGAGGGAUAA